AAGAAUGAGUAGUCACUACGCAGGUGCCGACUGAGAACAUACGUAACCCUGCCUUCUCCCCCUUUUCUUCGGCAUUAUAACACUGUAUCCCGAUAACGAAGGUAGUCCGAAAGCCAUGGCCGAGUGUGAUCCGGGCUGCUGUGAUGGAAACUUUGGAAAGCAGUCUGCAUGUGAAGAGAAAACUACUAGAGUUUUAGAAGGUUGCAUACCCCUUCCCCUGCCUGAUGAAAUUGUCAGUGAAAUUGUACCGAAAGCAAAAGACUAUGCCCUUUUACAUGGGGCAGGAAUGCGUUUCAAGGACACCUACAACCCAGACAUACUGCAGAUGGCUCCCUUUUUCCUCCUCCCGUCAGCAUUCCCACGCAGAGAGUUUGACCGCGUCGUAAAGCUGCAGCCGCUCAUAAAUGUACUGAUGCACAGGAUAGCGCACGAUCACGAGUUCUUAGAAUCUGCGCUCAAAAAUACAAUCAGAGUCGACGAUUUCACUGCAAAGCUAUGGGACAUUUAUUUGACUGUUCGUGAGGAAGGAGUGAGUCAGGACAUGAGUCUGGGCCUGGUUCGCUCGGACGUGAUGCUGACCAAGUGCCAUGCUGGGUGCUGCGAGCUAUGCCAGACCCCUCCCUAUGUCACAGGACACCAGGUUGAGGUCAACACCAUCGCCUCGGGAUUUGGCCACAUGGGACCAAUUUCCGGGAGUAUCCAUAGAUAUGUUCUGGGAGAACUUCGAAAACCUGAGUUGCUCCACCACCUACCUGAAAAUAAUGCUCUUGCUGAACUAUGUGGAGGGAUGAUAUCUGCUUGGGAAAUAUAUGGUAAUAAAAAAGCUGUAAUAAUGUUUGUGAUAGAAGAUGUUACCUACAACAUCUGUGAUCAGCGUUUCCACGAGUAUGAGAUUCGACGACAGAGGCCGGAUGUCCAUGUCAUUCGUCGGAACCUCACACAGAUCAGUAAAAAUGGGAAGUUAACUGAUGAUAAAAGAUUGAUAAUUGACGGUGAUGAAAUUGCUGUAGUAUACUUCCGAGCAGGAUAUGAACCAGGCCAGUAUCAUAGUGAAAAAGAGUGGGAAGCUCGUCUCACCAUUGAGAGAUCAAAAGCCAUCAAAAGCCCAAGCAUCCAGUACCAUUUGGCAGGCACUAAAAAGGUUCAGCAAGAAGUUGCACGUCUUGGUGUGUUGCAGAGAUUCCUUUCAGAGUCUGAAGCAAACCUUGUUGGCCAGCUGUUUACUGGCCUCUACAGUCUUGAUUUGGGCCCUGAAGGUGAUGAAGUAAUAAAGAUGGCGAUGGAGAACCCAGAUCGAUUUGUCCUCAAACCACAGCGAGAAGGAGGUGGCAACAAUAUGUAUGGUGAUGAAAUUAAAGAGUUCCUGGAGAAGGUGAAAGACACUCCGGCAAGGGAAGCAUAUAUCCUCAUGGACAAAAUCAGACCUCCCAUUCAGUACAACUACCUUGUUCGUGGAGGGACUGAAGUGAAAUUGUCUGAAGUUGUUUCUGAAUUGGGCAUCUUUGGAGUUUUGAUUGGGAACGAGAAGGAGAUCAUGAUUAACAAGUUUGCAGGCCACAUGCUCCGAACCAAGUUAUCAUCUGCAAACGAAGGAGGAGUUGCAGCUGGAUUUGGUGCUCUAGAUUCGGUCUUUUUGUUUGACUAAAUAGAAAAGGAUAUAAAACCUUAACAAUUUAGUGAGUGUGGUUGUCUAUAUGGGUCUUAUGUAUAUUUUUUUGUCAAACAGAUAUAUGGAGAGACCCAAUGUGAAAGCAAUGGAAUUUAUGUUGAAAUCACAAUUUUACUAGAAAUAUAAAAUGCUAAAUGAAAUAUUUGUUCUAAUUUUAAUUCAAAAUUGCACUUGUACAUUUUGGAUUUAUUAAAACCUUGAAAUCAAUAUAGUGUAUAGGAAUUUAAUGAAAUAUUGAUAUUUUUUUAUAUGUGUAGGGUAAAUAGAAAAAUCUUAGUAUGAUAUAGAGUGUACACACUUUCAGUAGCUUUAUUGAAUAGCAAUAACAGCAUAAUUACUAAUGAUGUAAACUCUUGUGUGUAAGUGUACUGUGUUGAGUAACAGAGGGCUUUAUUACAAAGACUGGUACUGUGCAUUUCGAAGUAGAGUGCUUGUUCUUUGAAUAGACAGAAUGCAGCAUAUUGUUAGAUAUUAUAUGAGAUAAUAUGAAGGAAUACAGAAAACACGGAAAAGAAAAAAAUAUCAUUAUUUGACUCUAAGGCUGUAAGUAAUCUAACUGGAGAGUAUAAUAUAGUUGAUUUUAUUGUGAAUGUUGUGUUAGAAUUUUCUUUGACCCUUAAAUUGCUCCAUGCAUCAGAUCAAAGUGUUUAAACCAAACAAAGCAUUUACUCUGGGCAUUAUUUGGCCUAUUUUAUGAUUUUACUCCUACUUGAGAGGUAAGUCUUUUUCACCUCUCAACCUAGAUCAAGCUCAUUGCAAAUCAGUUUUGUACAUCUCAGGUUCCUGUUGCCAUCUGUGAUCUUUUUAGAAAGAGAGAAUAAUAAAUAUUUUAGAGAAGAGAGAAGAUUAGCUUGAGGCAAAGUUGGUGAUUAGUAGGUGUGAUGGGCAUAUGUAUAUGUUUCUAAUUCUCUGUGCUUGCUUAAGCAUCACUUCCAAAUGAGAGGAAUACUGAUUUGACAUUGUUUUUUUUAUUGGUACCUUAAGCAUAUUUAACAGUUUAAGGGUUAAUGACAAAGUAAUGGAAGAAGUGUGAGAAAAGUAAAAAGCAAUACCCAUGCCCUAACACAUGCACACGUACACGAACACGCAUAUGCACGCACACGCACACGCACAUGUACACGUACACGUACACGCACACGCACACACAUUCACACACACUCACACACUCACACACACACACAGUAAAUUAAUAGAUAACUGCAUUAGCUAUUGGUACUAAGAAAUUUGGACUCAUAAUGUGGGUUUGCUCUAAUGAAAUUUCAUCUCUUUUAUUUUGUCUUAGUGAUAUGGUUAUUACUAAGUCAAAGAAUAUGUUAUGCUGUGUUUAUCUUCCAAAAUAUACGAAGUUUUAUUUGUUAACAAUGUUUUAAUGAGUGAUUUUCUGUGCUUUGUGGGUUGCAAUUAAAGACACUGAUGAAAUUAUUGUAAAUGCAAGGGAAUGGUCUGAUCACAUUUUUAUGUAAAAAGUAGAUAUAGCAUUGUGUGUGAAGAGAAUUAGACAUACAUAUAUUUCUUUCUGCGGCUAAUUUAAGAAUGUUGACUUUCUGUUUACUGUUUGUUUAUGGAAUAUUAUAUUGAUAUGAUGCAAUAUCAAAUGGUAUUUAUACUUUCUUUUAUAGGACUUGAAAUGUGUAUAUGAUUCAUGGUAUGCAGGACUUUGUAUUACAUUGUAUUUUUAUUCAAAGAUUAGAAAAAAUACAUGAUUACAUUAAUUUUUUUCUUCUAUUUUUAUGGUUAGAUUAUUUGAAUGGGGAUGUAUAUUAUUGUGUUCCAUGAAAGAGUGUUCCUUAAAGAGAAGUUGCAGUUAGUUGUUUUGUAGUGUGAUUAUGGCUGUACUAGAGAAUAUUUGUAAAUAGAAUGGAACUGUGAGAGUUGUUAUCCCACAUUUUCCUCCAUCCUAAAAGAAAUAGACUUUGGUCAUGAAAGAGAGACAGAAAAUCAAUUUUAUUUUUGAUAAAGUGGUGAAACUUUUGUACAGUUUAUAAAUCAUUGUUCUUGAUAAUGUAGUUGAUGGAAAUUGGGAUAAUGAUGACUUACAAUUUUGUAUUUUGUAAUAAGCUCUAUGCAUUUCAUUUAUGUGUAAGCAGGGCUUGGUGUUGAUUUUGUUAAUUAAUUUGCUUUUACUGUUGGCAGUGCUUCAGAGACUAUGAAAGGUAUGAAAUAACACCCUUCCAAUUAGUGAUGUUAAAUGAAAACAGUCUGCUUACUUGUAUACUAUGCUCUUAAGAUCAAGCUCAGUUUUGAAGAUUAUUAACUUAUGGAAUUGAUUAACUUUUUGGAAUUGCAGAUCAUAGCUGUGGUUUUGUGUCCAGCUAAUUAAGGAAUGAUGGAUUAUUCUCAGUAUUCUUGUACAUUGUUACUUUGCUGUAAGCUGUCAUCCAAGUUGCAAGGUAUAAUCCACAUGAAAAUAAUUGAUUUUCCAAUUAAAGAGCAUUGUUGUGAAUUGACAAUGAGAAAAAAUAUGUAAAAUUCACCUGACUUUUACAUUUGUUACUUAUUUGUUAUUAUACAUUACAUAAUUA